AUGAACUCAGGAAGUAAGUUCAUUAUAAAUAAAUGCAUUUUUCUGAUUUUUUCGAAAAUAUCGCCCAUGCUAUGUGGGGCGGAAAAAAGAAAACUGCAUGACGAAAUUGUGGAGCACGUGAAGAGUUCCAAGCUGAUCAGCUAUCCUGUAGACAAAACAUGCAUAAAUUUAUUUUUCAUAUCGAAAGAAAUUGACAAGCUGAUCAGUGCGCGAAGUGCAGUCGUAUCGGGGGGUGACCAGAAAAGAAGCCACACCACUCUGCAGAGCUGCUUAAAUUUGUAUUACUUCCUAAUCACAUGUGCAAAGUUGAAGAAGAUCACUUUUGUGCACAAGAAAGUUCUUGAAUAUGUGGAGCAGAGAAUUGCCACGAGUCUACAAAUCACGGGGGUCGAAAGCGCGGAUGAGAAAUACAUCCCGUAUAGCAUCCACAUAAAAAAUGAGAAAUCGGUUAGCCACUUGGUGGCCGAGCUGGGCGCAGACUGCGCCGCGUAUUUGAAGAAAAUCAACGGCGUUAAGAUAAGGUGA